AUGUUGCGGCGGUUCUUCCACCGCCCCAACACCAACUCGUGCCUGUACCUCAUAAUCGGUUUCCAGCUGGGAUGGAUUUCCACCUCCUUCCUCCUCUCCCAGCACCAACUGCUCGCGCACCAGCAGCACGACCCUUCCCCCUUCUCCCUCUCCCACCUCCGCCCCCCGCACGUCCCCCCCUGUGCCUCCCCUCCCUGCCACCGCUCCGUGCGCUCGCUGGGGGACUGGGGGCUGGCGGGGGCGGCGACGGGGGGGAGCAGCUCAGCGGAUGGCGCAGGCGCGGGGAACGGCGGAGGGGGAGCGGGUGGGGCGAGCGCGUGUAACUUAUCCGCGGAAGCGAUUGAGAGGCAGCAGGAGGCGAUAGUGGGGGCGAUGCAGCAGCAGGAGGCGGAGAUGAGGCGGCUCAGGCGGCAGCUGGUGGAGGGCGCUGCUGGGGGCGGCUCUGCUGUGAACGCCACUGGGGAUAGCGCCGGUGAAGCACCGUGUGUGCGGGACUUGGCUCGCAAGAAUGGCACACUCCACUGGAACCCCAAACCACAGAGGUACCUGAUAGCCAUGUGUUCGGGCGGGCAGCUGAGCAACCGGCUGGCGUGUGUGCGGCAGAGCAUGCUGGACGCGGCGCUUAUGAACCGCACUCUCGUCUUCCCCACGCACGGCAUCGACUACGACUAUGACGCCUUGCUCGACAUGGGUGCGUUUGAGGAGUGUUUUGGGCCCAACAGAGUUGUGUCGUUUGCUGCUUAUAACGAGUCAGUCAAGGGCAGGGUGCGCGUGGGGCGGUUCAUCUGCCAUGUGCACGUCUAUCAGACGGAGGCAGCGUGUGACGACCUAAUGCAGCGCUACAGCGCCACGCUGCACAUGCAGUUCGCAAAGAAGGAGAUAGCGCGGCGCCGCACACCGGGCCCGUGGUUCAAGUACCCCGCGGGGGACUUCCUGCGCAAGUUCAACAGCGACCACCACGUCAUCGCCUUUGGCAACAUGUUCGGCGUCGGCGGCAGAGAGCUGCGCUUUCAAGGGGCCGCCCCGCUGGUGGUUUCCCCACAGUGCCGCGGGUUGCUGCAACCCAGCCCAGCUAUUCAGCAAGCAGCAGUGGGGUUCGUGAACAUGUACCUGGGCCCCAGCUACGCAGCAGUGCACCUGCGGCGGGGGGACUUCUUCCACCACUGCAUCCACGGCAACGGCCGCCUGCGCCCCACGCCCUGCUACCAGCCGCUGCACCAGGUGGCCUCGUGCCUGCACCGCCGCCUGCAGCGCCUGCCGGGAGUCAGCAUGGUGUUCCUAGCUAGCAAUGCCGAUGACACUGAGAGGAGGGUUCUCAGGGAGACGCUCACCGCGCUGGGCUCGUCCCACACACUCAUCUCGCUGCCGCACGCGCUGCAGGGCCACGCGUGGGCAGAGCCGCUGGAGAGAGCAGGCGUGGCGGGGAGCAGCGAGGUGGUGUCGUUCCUGGACAAGGCCAUCUGCGCGCUCGCCCUGCAGUUCUAUGGCACUGCUGGUUCUACUUUCUCCAGUGACAUCAUGCGCCCUUCACCCUCCUGCCCCCCCUUGUUAUUCCCCCCUCUCCUUUGCCCUUCUCCCAUGCCAUUUCCCCCUGCCCUCCCACCCUGUUAUCACCCCCUCAUCUUUGCCCUCUCACCAUGCCAUUCCCCCCUGCCCUCCGCCCCUGCCAUCGUGCCCAUCUCCAGUCUCCGUGAGUGGUGGAAGCAAGGGCUGUGCGAAACUUACAUCUGCCCGGCCAAUGAGCCUGCGGACUUUCUUCGCCUGCCCGAGCGCAGCAACGCAACUGCCCCAGCGCCAAGCCCUGGGGCAGGAGAUUCUUCCCUGCCUUCCGUUGUGUCAGCGGGAGGGGGAGCAGUGAAUGUGUCGCCAGGACAGCUGCAGGGGCAGAAGCAAGGGAAGGUGGCAGGACAGCAGGAUGGACUUAUUGCUGGUGCUGGUGCUGGUGCUGGUGCUGGUGCUGGUGCUGGUGCUGGUGCUGGUGGUGCUGGUGGUGCUGUUGCUGCUGGUGCUGCUGGUGGUGCUGUUUCUGUUAGUGGUGCUGUGGGUGAAAGUGAUGGGGGGCGGAAGGGAAAAGGCAAGAAAGAGUUGCAGGGAAAGGUGGAACAGGGCAAGGGAGGAGAGGGAAGGCGAGGAGAGGGCAAGAGUGAAGGUGGGAAGGUGGCAGGAGCUAGUGGGAAGAAACGCAAUGAUGAUGUGGCUCGGAGAGGGGACGGGGGAAGGGAAAAGAAGCUAGGAGAAAAGGCAAAAAACCAAAGCAAAGGGUGA